GAGACUGGGGGAGAGCAUCCUUUCAGAGUUCUGCUUGCUCUUCUCCUGAAGAUGAUAUCAGUGAGGAUCCUCUGUGUGUUGCUGUGCCUCAGCUUAGCCUGGGCACAAGAUGGAGAGACUACCUUUGAAAAGGAAGGUGCAGGAGUGCGUGGUCCCAGGAUUGUGGAGCACAUGUCCCAGUCCACCUGCCAGUAUGAGAAGAACUGGCCCAUCUGUGCGGACGAUGACUGGGGUACAAAAUGUCCAUCAGGCUGCAGAAUGCAAGGACUGAUCGAUGAAACAGAUCAGGAUUAUAGUCACAGAAUAGACAAAAUCAGGAAGCUGCUCUUAGAAAAUCAAAACAACUAUAAAAAAUCAAAUCGGAUAGUUGUGGAAACUGUAAAUGUUCUGAAACCAAACCUGGACAGUGCUCAGAAGAUUGAUGAUGAUUAUGGUCGCGUGUCAGAAGAACUGAGACAGAGAAUUGUGACAUUAAAGCAGAGAGUUGUCACUCAAGUAAACAGAAUUAAAGCUCUGCAGAGCAGCAUCCAGGAACAGGUGAUGGAGAUGAAGCGCUUGGAGGUGGACAUUGAUAUUAAGAUACGAGCUUGCAAAGGAACCUGUGCUAGAAGUUUUGAUUACCAGGUGGACAAAGAAAGCUAUGACAAUAUCCAGAAGCAGCUUACCCAAGCCAACUCCAUCAACUUGCACCCAGAGCUUCAAACAACCACCUUGAGCACACUGAAAAUGAGGCCAAUUAAGGACUCAAAUGUUCCUGAGCAUUUUAAGCAUAAGCCUCUGCCAGAAAUGCAAGCUCUGAAUAUAAUUAAUAACAUCAGGCAGAUGCAAGUGGUAUUAGAAAGAUCAGAAACAGACACAAAGCCCUCCCGAGGCGACAGCGUGUAUCUCACGGCAGAAUCAAGGGGGGAUGGACCUUCACACACCAGCAAAUUAGUUACUCCUACUCAUGGGAGAGAAACUAUUAGUCUGGGAGACAAAACCUCCUCUACUGUUCAUAGGUGCACCAAAACUACCACCAAAAAAAUUGUCACUGGCCCUGAUGGCCCUAGAGAAGAAGUAGUUGAAAAAACAGUUUCUUCUGAUGGCUCAGACUGCUCCUAUUUGCAAGGGGCAGGAAAUGUUAGAGAGGAAGGGAGCAUGUACCACGUUGGUGGGACAGAUGACUUCCACAAGCUAGAGAGGUUAUUCCCUGAGCUGGAGUCCUUUUUUACCCCUGACUCUGCAUCUGCUGCUAGUAAGCACUUUGGUGGAUCUAGCAGUGUUUCAUUUAGCAGCCACACAACUGGUACAGACAGUAGCCACUUAGGUACUGGAGUAUCCAGUCAUUCAGGGACCUAUGGGGAGAAAGGCAAAUUUACAGACUUAGGAGAGGAGGAAGAAGAUGACUUUGGAGGACUUCACCUUCAGCCAUCUGGAUUCCCAUCUGGCAGUGCAAGUCACUCCAAGACUGUAGUGACCAGCGCUUCUAGUUUCAACAAGGGAGGCUCCACUUUUGAAACCAAAUCACUAAAGACCCGUGAAAUAACUGAGGAGCUAGGUGGGGUGCAACAUGAUCAGAGUGCAGAGGAUACCCCAGACUUUCAGGCACGCAGCAUCAGACCAUCAGGAAUGAAGCAAAGGAGAGCCAGCACUGGGAAAGACUGUGAUGAUAUCCGCCAGAAACACACUUUUGGUGCCAAAAGUGGCAUUUUCAAAAUCAAGCCAGCGGGAUCGAAUAAGGUUUUGUCAGUUUAUUGCGACCAAGAGACAACUUUGGGAGGAUGGCUAUUGAUCCAACAGAGAAUGGAUGGAUCAGUGAAUUUUAACCGGACCUGGCAAGACUACAAGAGAGGUUUCGGCAGCGUGGAUGGCAAAGGGCAAGGAGAGUUCUGGCUGGGCAAUGAAAACAUACACUUGCUGACUCAGAACGACACUCUCCUUCGGGUAGAGUUAGAGGACUGGGAUGGAAAUGCUGAGUAUGCAGAGUAUAUCAUACAGGUAGGGUCUGAAGCAGAAGGGUAUGCCCUUGCUGUGUCCUCCUAUGAGGGGACUGCUGGGGAUGCGCUGAUAGCCGGCUGGCUGGAAGACGGCACCGAAUACACGUCCCAUGCCCAGAUGCGGUUUAGCACCUUUGACCGGGACCAGGACCGCUGGGAGGAGAGCUGUGCAGAGAUGUACGGGGGUGGCUGGUGGUACAACAGCUGCCAGGCAGCCAACCUCAAUGGCAUUUACUACCUGGGGGGCCACUACGACCCCAGGUACAACAUUCCUUAUGAGAUCGAAAAUGGUGUGGUCUGGCUGCCAUUUAGAGCCUCUGACUAUUCCCUCAAAAUUGUUAGAAUGAAAAUCAGGCCCAUAGAAACCUUGUAGAAAGACAGGCUUUUAAUAUAUGUUACAACUACAAGUUGAAAGUAUUUUUUACAUAUGAAUGUGCAUAAUGUACCUUUACUCUGUGAAUUUGAAGGCAACUGGGCACAUCUGUGGCUUAAAAAAUAAACACUGAUUAAUAAUCAACAAAA